GCCAUCACUUCUGGAGGUGUCUCCUACCAAGACCAGCCUUACCAUGCCGAGUGCUUCGUGUGUGCUACUUGCACCAAGAAGCUGGGCGGACAACGCUUCACCGCGGUGGAAGACCUGUUCUACUGCGUGGAUUGCUACAAGUCUUUCGUGGCUAAGAAAUGCAACGGUUGCAAGAACCCCAUUACAGGCUUUGGGAAAGGCACCAACGUGGUGAGCCACGAGGGCCACUCCUGGCAUGAGUAUUGCUUCAACUGCAAGAAGUGCUCCAUCCCUUUGGCCAACAAGCCUUUCGUCUUCCACCUGGAGCAGGUCUACUGCCCCAACUGCGCCAAGAAGCUGUAAGAGGGGACGGCGAAGCGAAGGGCAGCCGCAGGAAACGCUCCGCUCUUUCCCGCAUAGCAGCUUGGAGACACCCCCACCCGCCUCCCGCCUCGGCUUGCAAGUGGCCUGGCUGUAGGCAUUUGCAUUGUAGCUCCUCCCCAAGCCCACCCCUCUUUUUUUUGCUUUUCUAAAGGAUGUUAAGGCUCUUCCUUCUCUCCCACCCCCUCCUCUUCCCUCUUCCCCCCCCUCAAUUCCCUCUGCGGGUCAUGUUCUAAUAAAAAAGGUUGACUAGCUGCAGCAGCCAGCUCUGCUCUCUGCUCCCUCCUGAAGAGGGGCGGGCUACAUCUUAACACGUUCCACGUAGAGUCACUCUGGGCUUUGCGCAUCGGACUUUGUAUUUGAGAGACCGCCUGCUACCAAUUACCUCCCACAGACCCAUUAGAUCUCACAGGGUCGGCCUCCUCCAGGUG